UAGAAAUUUAUUAUCUCGUGAUAAUAACACAUAAUAUCAAAUGAUACAUUAUCAGUAUCAAUAUACACCUGAGUAAAUUGCUUUACAGGCUAAAGGCAGUUUAAUUUUGCUAGAAAGUUAAUAAUGACAUAAAGCUUUUGUUCUGACAAAUAAAAUUACUGCAGAAGGGCAAAUUAUUUUGCUUUUUCAUCUUAUAUUAUAUUAAAGGAAAAGGUUACAAGACACCCUGUGUACAUAUAUGUUUUUUCUUUACAGUAAUUUUUCCAAAAAAUCGGAAAAUUCUGUUAAGGGAAUAUUAAAAGUACUUUUCUUUCACGACGGCUUUCGUCCGAUUUUUUACGAAAAUGGCCAAUAAUACAAGAGGCCUCCGCCCCCUGGUUCUCUGUGGGCCAUCUGGCACGGGUAAGAGCACCCUGUUGAAAAAACUCCUAGAGGAUUACCCCAACACUUUUGGGUUCAGUGUGAGUCACACGACCCGUCUGCCAAGACCAGGGGAAAUCGAUGGUAAACACUACCAUUUUACUACUGCAGAAAAGAUGAAACAGGAUAUCGAAGAGGGGAAAUUCAUUGAGAAUGCCACCUUUGGGGGUAACAUGUAUGGCACGAGCAAGGACGCAGUUAAAACUGUCCUCGACCAGGGAAAAGUUUGCGUACUGGACAUCGACGUGCAGGGGGUGAAACAAAUCAAAAAGACGGAUUUAAACCCUUUCUACGUGUUCAUUAAACCUCCAAAUUUGAACGUUUUGGAGGAGAGAUUGAGGCAAAGAAAGACAGAAACCGAAGAAACUUUGAAGAGGAGACUGAGUGUGGCAUCUCACGAAGUGCAGUAUGGGGAAGAGCCUGGAAAUUUUGACUUAGUAGUUCUUAAUGAUAAUUUGGAACAUGCUUAUGACCAACUUAAGAAAUUUGUCAAAAAUCAUGUUUUGAAUGGUAAACAAGGAAAAUAAAAGGCACAAGAAGGGAAUUAAAUGAAACAUGGUGUUUGUUCCUUUUUCCAAAGUAAAAUAAAAAAGAACAAAAGGUUUAUGUUAUGCUUGAAAAUAAUCCAAAAUUCUGAUGCAAAUUAAAUUAUUCUGAAAAUUGCAUUAUUGACAACAAAAUUUGUUGAACAAAAAUGAAAAUGGCUCAAUCAUAGUUCGGCCAAGAAGAAAGGCAUAAAAAUGGUUUCCAAUUUUUUUUUUUAACGAAAACAAACUAUAAUCUAUUUUUGAAUUUAAACCUUUUAAAUUUUGUACUUAAUAUUAAUUUAAUUUAGCUUAAUAAGAAAAUAAGGGCUGUAGAAUUUAGUAUUAGUAUUUUUCUUGUAACUGUGUGCAUACUCUAAAUGAAUUUUAAAAUAAUUAGAAGUAGAUAACUUAGAAAUAGUACUUGAUAAUAAUGUUAUGCUACCUCGAUGUUUUCACUACAAAAAAAUUAGUUGGUAACUUCAAAGUAGAUUUUAGGAUUAAGCUAAAAGUUAAAUAUAGUCUACAGACUUCGUUUAAAGAAAAAUAUUAGGUAAAAUAAAUAGUGUUCAUCAUCGUUACGAUUUUAUGUACUAAUAAUAUUCCUAAAUGAUACAAGGGAGGUUAUAUUGUCUUAAGUCUUUCAGGUCUACUAUAUAUGA